GGCGCCUUGCGUACGACGACGAGUGAAUGACAAAAAAAAAAAUAAAGAAGAGGGUAAAGUCAUCCCAAUAUUCGUGCACGAAGCUAAAAAGAGCAGUGGAAUAGGCCAAUUUUGUAAUUUUUGCAGUGAAUUAUUCCUCAUAUAGCACCCGGAAGGAUCCCUAAUUGUAUCUUGUAUAAAAUCCGCUGGAAAAAUGUUCACAGUGAAUUCUCAUCAGCACCAAUUGCUUUUUCACCUUUCACAAAUAACACCGCGACAUAGUAAUAUUGCAUUCAAGAAGCAGAGCAAGCACCAUCAAAUACCGAAUGCACAGCAAGGCAAAGAAGCUUCCUUUUUGGCUCAGCAAGAUUUUGUACCCCGUCUCAAGCGGUCACUGGUCCAGUUUUACACCGACAGUUUCCGGCAAUCGGUCGAACAUUCGUCAGCGCUGUCCGACGCCCCUAUUGCCGCAAAAAGUAACGCAGCAGAGCUGUUUGAGCUGAAACUGCCUCGCCGGAUCGAGCGUAACUUGUUGAAACACUUCAGCAACAUUCAGGUGGUCACAAGUGGCCACGAAAACGUUCCGUGGAGUAUAAGUCUAACGCCUAAACCACGUAAGGGCAAAUCGAAAGGAGAGCCACAAGAGACGAUUUUCUUCAAUGGACAAGCCGUGCAGAAGAUCGUGCAAAAUUUGCUCGCGCAACACUGCAGUGUGGCCUAUGUCCAGCAGCGGGGGUUCAAAACCGUCCGUUCCAUUAGCGCUGAGAUGAAAAGAAAUCCGGGCUUGUUCAGUCGGGUUAAAGAUACGCUAGCUGCUCCGACCGCGCCGCAAAUCUCCCACAAGUAUGAACCGGUUCCGUUCAACACGCAAACAAUUACGGCCCAACAGUACAGUGAACCGUUCAACAAGUUGUUGACUGAUGUAAAUGAUCCGUCGCUGACGGAAGAGCACAGGCAACGCUUGAAGAUUGCUUUCGCCGAAGGAUAUCUGACCGCUUCGCACCCCGAGCAUGCCAACCGUUCGGGGAAGGCAAUGCGUUACCUCAAGGUUCUCCAGCAGCUGCUGAUUAUUGUCGUGUUCAUCGGGAUCUUCAUAAGCCUGUUUGUAUCGACGAAUGGGUCCGUUUUCAGUAGAAUACAAAUUGGCAACCAGGUGGAGGUAGACCCGGAGGAUAUUUCGGUGACUUUCGAGGACGUUAAGGGAUGCGACGAAGCUAAACAGGAGCUGAAGGAAGUGGUCGAGUUUCUGAAGAAUCCGGAUAAAUUCAGCAACUUGGGAGGCAAACUACCGAAGGGGGUUCUUCUGGUGGGUCCACCCGGUACCGGUAAGACACUGCUUGCACGCGCCGUGGCUGGGGAGGCAGGUGUUCCAUUUUUCCAUGCUGCCGGGCCGGAAUUCGACGAAGUGCUCGUAGGCCAGGGCGCACGCCGUGUCAGGGAUUUGUUCAAGGCUGCCAAGGAACGUGCUCCAUGUGUGAUUUUUAUCGACGAAAUUGACUCAGUCGGUGCGAAGCGUACCAACUCCGUGCUUCAUCCCUAUGCCAAUCAAACCAUCAAUCAGUUGCUCUCGGAAAUGGAUGGCUUCCAGCAGAACGAAGGCGUAAUUGUGCUAGGGGCGACAAAUCGUCGGGACGAUUUGGACCAAGCUCUACUGAGACCGGGUCGUUUCGAUGUUGAAGUGGUAGUUCCGACGCCAGAUUUCACAGGUCGAAAAGAGAUUCUCACCUACUAUCUGAGUAAAAUUUUGAGCAAGGAAAUCAACACCGAUCAGCUGGCGAGGGGCACAACCGGAUUCACCGGUGCUGAUAUCGAGAAUAUGGUUAACCAGGCUGCUUUGAGGGCCGCUAUUGAUGGAGCAGAAGUGGUUACGAUGAAGCAUUUGGAGAAUGCCAGAGAUAAAGUUUUGAUGGGUCCCGAACGGAAGUCUCGUUUGCCGGACGAGGAUGCAAAUAAAAUUACCGCAUAUCACGAGGGCGGACAUGCGAUUGUGGCCUAUUACACCAAGGAAUCGCAUCCACUGCAUAAAGUGACAAUCAUGCCACGCGGACCAUCGCUGGGUCAUACCGCCUACAUCCCAGAGAAGGAACGCUAUCAUGUCACCAAGCAGCAGUUGCUCGCCAUGAUGGACACCAUGAUGGGCGGACGAGCGGCAGAAGAACUUAUCUUCGGAGCGGAUAAAAUCACCUCUGGAGCCAGCAGUGAUCUGAAGCAGGCAACCUCGAUUGCAUCGCACAUGGUUCGCGAUUGGGGUAUGUCCGAGAAGGUUGGCUUGCGUACGAUCGAAACGGCCAAAGGUUUCGGGGCUCCUUCGGAGCUUCUUGCAUCCACUACGGUGGAGAAUGUGGACGGUGAGAUCAAGAAAAUCCUCAGCGAUAGCUACGAGCGAGCCAAGACGAUCCUGAAGCAGCAUGCCAAGGAACACAAAGCCCUCGCGGAAGCGCUCCUUAAGUAUGAAACGCUCGAUGCGGAGGAUAUCAAAGCGAUCCUGGGCGGUGAAAAGCUUCCGGCCGAAGAACACCGAACAGGUUGAGUGGGGGGUAGAAGUGAGGGUGAGGUUACUCCUUAGCGUGAAAGUAACAAAGGAAACACUUAAUUCUGUACUCUGCUGGCUAAAUCCCAUAUAAUACAAGUAAAAAUUAGAAGUGUAUGAGGAAAAUAUAUUCAAUCACCGCUUCCUGCUCUUUAAAUAUACGAAUAAUUAUAUUAUAUUGUUGGAAACAAAGGAGUGCAUACCAGCCGUCUUUCGAAGUUAUCUCGCAUUAACAAAUGAAAUGAAAAAUAAAGUUGAUUUGGACUCAUUUGGUAUGUAGAAUUCAGGACAGUGAAAGCUGAUGUGUGUGAGAAAAUUAUUCCAAAAAAUAAAACAAUAAAUGCAAAUUGUUAUUUCCUGA